AUAGAAGUGUCACAGCCCUCAAGUCGAGCACCCCUCUUCCACUCUCUUAGCUACUGGCUCUGGCAUUGUUUAGACGCAUCGAGCUGCGGUCAAUGGCAGCAUCUAAUCAAGGUUCUCACAUUGCCAUUACAAUGCGGAAGUCUUUUGGCCAUUGAACUGAGCAUCUGUCUAGCACCCAAGCGGGUUUUUCGUUAGCCAUAUGCAACUGGGCUACUGGCAACUGGCGACGGGCUAAGGCUCAUCUUGUUUGCCUGGCUGCAGCUGUGGCUCAUUCAUCGCCCGCAGUCGGAGAGCAACGGUCCUGUUUACGCAAAGGAGACGCUCAGCUAAAAUGUGCAAGUUUACCAAUCGUUUAUUUGUCCUGGCCCUGCUGCAAUGCGUUGCCUUGGCCCUGGCGAAGCCACUGAAGAGUCGCAGUAGUGCCAGCGAUUUAAUUGAUCUAUUGUACAAUGAUUAUGGUGACUAUGGCUACCAGGUGGAGGAGGUUCACUACGAUCAGAGGCAGAAGGGUACUGAGAACUUAAGAUGGCAUCUAGAUGGGUUUGUUUUCGGCUUACCAGGUCGCGAGGACUACUCCUGGAUGGAACAGCUCUUUGAGACAUAUUCAAACAGUCCACUGGCAGCCAUACGGGAGCCAGUCGAUAUAUAUCCAACAGAGUCUAUAAGUAAUAAAACAGAUCAGACAACUCAAGUGGUAAAUAUAUCAACGCCGAAGAAGGAAAUCGAAAGCCGACACAGCCCCAAUUCUAAACCGUCUAGUGCACCUCGCACAAAAUCGGAAAUGGUGCAGCUUUUAAAAUUGUUUCGACGUCCGCAAGCUUAGAUCGCUUUAAUAUAAGACAUAAAAUCGAAUUUUU